AUGCCAUUUUUACUAGAUGUGUACCAGGCCAGGCCUCAUUGGAGGCACAGCUUUUCUCGCAACUCUGCAUCAUCUUUAACAGAAAAAGAAUUAAGCGGUGUGCUGACUCCCUCUGCCUUCCAGAAGGAGAUGUCUCUCAGCACCAAGGAGAGGCUGGCCAGAGAUAAGAAGCUGAGUCUGCCUCAGAUUGUCCAGCCUCAAGACAAGCAUGAGACCUCCCAUCACAAGUUGUCGGCAGCUGACCCACAGCAGAGCUCAUUUCAGCCUUGCCCACCAGAGGUGGUGUUUCAGAACUACAGCCCUGGGGAGGUGUAUGAAGUGCCCGUGCUGCUGAGGAACAGGGACAAUAUUCCUCACUUGAUGAAGGUCACCUUGGUGAACUCCCCUUAUUUCCAGCUGGUGGGCCCCGAUGACGCGUGCCGCAAGGUGCCACCGGGCCUCUACACGACUGCCCGUGUCCGCUUCACCCCUGGGGUGAACAAGGAUUAUUUCCACGAGCUUGUCUGCAGCACUGAAAGGGAAAAGUUCAUUGUGCCCAUUCGGGCCAUUGGUGCCCGAGCCAUCCUGGACUUCCCUGACCAGGUGGACUUCUCCGUGUGUCCGGUCAAGUCCAGCAGCCAGAAGACUCUGCUGAUUCGCAAUGUUGGUAACCGGGAAGCUCGUUUCCAGCUGAGCACCCAGAGCCUUUUCUCUGUCAUUCCGGCCAUGGGAACUCUGGAUGUUGGUGACAGCAUGCAGGUGGAUGUAGAAUUUCAGCCACUGAAGACUGGUGACCAUUCUGGGUCCCUUGUCGUGCACUACGACACAGGUGAAGAGACCCACACAAGCCUUCAGGGAAGUGCUGUGGAGGCCCACAUCAAGCUGGACAGGGGAACCGUGACCGUUGAGCAGACGUACAUCACACUGUCAAACCACGCGACUGUGCUCAUCCACAACCAGAGUAAUAUCAUAGCCCGCUUCCAGUGGAAGGCUGUUGCUACUGGGGAAGAGGAGCAUCAGCUGGAGCUGAGGCAGUAUCCCAGGGUAUAUCAUCAGCAAAAGGAGAAGCUGAAUGAUUUGCUGAAGGAGCACGGAGUGGACACCACUUUCAUAGAACGCCUUGCUCUUCUCAACAACAGCUUCCAGAGGGAGAUGGCAGAGAUCAGAGAAGAUCUCAUGCUGUUCGACGAUGACAUUUUCUUCCUUGAUCCGAAGGAGGGUGAGAUCUGGCCGAAGUGCUCGGCUGAAAUCAGAGUGUUCUUCAAGCCCCAGAAAGCCCGGGUCUAUAGGCGAGUAGUUUACUGCGACAUCUCAGGCCGUGAGAGGAGGCUGCCCCUGUUCCUCACAGGGGAAGGCCUUGGGCCCCGGCUCUGUUUCGUCUUUAAGGAACUGAACAUCGGGGAGGUUUGUGUCAGAGUAACCCACACAUAUGAGGCGCUCCUGUUCAACGAUGGGCCUAUUGAGGCUCCCUUCAAACUCGUCCCUCCAACCACAGCCAUGGGCUCCAGCUUCAAACUUCUGCCCCAGGAGGGCAUCGUGGCACCAUACAAGCUGCAGGUCAUCGGGGUCUCCUUCUAUCCCACCAUCCUGGGGGAGUUUGAGGAACAAUUCUGCUUCCAUGUGACUGAAUGCCCUAAGCCUGUGACCUUCACUAUCAGGGGCUGCGUGAUGGGACCGACUUUCCAUUUUGAUAUGCCCGCCCUCCCUUUUGGUGACAUGGCCUUUGGUUUUCCUCGCACCUUGAAGUGUUGCCUGUAUAACACCUCCAUGACACCCAUAGACUUCCAGCUCAGCGUUCCUGGGGAUGGCUUGAUGUACCCCAGUGUUAACAGCUACACUCAGAUACACAGAAGCGGUAGGCAGAAUUGGAGGCCAGAAGCUCGAUGUCUUAAGACGCUAAAGCAAUUUGCCAUAAGUCCCUUCAGGGGGACCGUCCGUGCCCUGGGAUCCCAGGAUAUCGAGGUCACCCUGUGUCCCAACAUUGCUGGAAAGUACAAUCUGGAGCUGGUGCUGGACGUGGUUGAUGUUGGCAAGAAGGUGUUGACACUGCCCAUCACAGCCAGAUGCAUCGUUCCUCCACUGCGAGUGCCCAACCCCGUCGUGAUGUUUGGGCACUGCUUUCUAAAGGCCCGCUAUUAUGAGAAGCUGACCGUUGUGAAUGACAGCGACUUUCCUGGCUGCUACUAUGUUCUCCCUCAGGAAGGCAGGGAUGAGGAUUCUGCGAGGUACGCCAGCCCUGUGCCGUCUGGGAUUAUCAAGCCUCACAGCUCGGUGGAGAUCCCAAUUGCACUCGAGGCCCGGCGCCUGGGAGAGUGCACCAUCACUGCUGGGCUGGCCGUGUUUGGGAGACCAGGACCCCCAAAGGAAAUCCUUUUGAAGUUCAUCGGCCAGGGACCCGUUGUUUAUGUCUACCCGCAAGAGAUAAACUUUGGCUCUAUCCCAGUCUUAGAAGAUUGUUUCCAAACUUUGCGACUUGUCAAUCACUGUGAGAUUCCUGCAACCUUCCAGGUAGAGAUGGAAAGGAAAUGCUGCUGCUGGAAAAUUGAGCCCAGUAAAGGAGAGGUCCCCCCUAAUUGUGAGGUGUCCGUGGUUGUCACAGCAAACCUGAAUGACACAGUGAAAUUCCAGGAGAAGAUUAAGGUGUUCGUUGAGGACAGCCUUAUUGCCAUCAUCACUGCCCAGGCUGUGGGCAUUGGCACCACAGUUGUCAUGGACAAGCCUCUCCUUCCGAAGCUCGACUUGAAGUCCCACUUCAGCCUUACUCCCUGCUAUUUCCAUUUCAAAAUGACAAACAGAGGACGACGCAUCCAUCGGCUGUACUGGAGCACAGAAGUUUCCCGCACCUUCCGGCGCCGUACUCGUCCCCCUGCCCGCGGUGGCAAAAGCAAAAAUGCUUCCCAGAUCCCCAGACCUGGCAGCCCCGUGUUUAAGCUGCGGCCACUGCAGGUGGAGCUGAGGCAGGGCGAGUCUGUGGACAUGGUGCUGGAAGCCUGCUCCAGCACUGUCCAGGUGGUGAAGGAGCGGCUGCUGUGUCAGGCUGUCGUGGGGAAAGAGACAACAAAGAAACAGAUAAUGCAAAUGGAUGUCAUCUGCAACUUCAUUUGCCCUGUUGUACAAAUGUCUUCCAGAGCAAUCACUUUCCGUGUGGAAAAGAAACCCGGUGAUGUCCUGGGGCUGCAGUACCAGCCUUUGUCUUUAAAAAACACCUGCCUGCUGCCAUUCAACAUUGUG